GGCCUCUCCCCACCCCCGGCGCCCGGCCCAGCCGCCAGCCCUGCGCGCCGCCAGCCUCCCUUGCGCAUCUCGCUUGGCCCCCGCCGCCGCGCCGCACCAUGAAGGUUCUUCUGUUCGCUGUGCUGGCUGCCGUGCUGUGCGUGGAGAGAGCCCACACGCUCAUCUGCUUUUCCUGCUCGGAUGCAUCCUCCAACUGGGCCUGCCUGAAGCCUGUCAAGUGCGGGGAGAAUGAAAACCACUGUGUGACAACUUACGUCGGAGUGGGAAUCGGCAGCAAGUCUGGCCAGUCCAUCUCCAAGGGAUGCUCUCCCAUUUGUCCCAGCGCUGGGAUCAACCUUGGCAUAGCAGCUGCCUCCGUUUACUGCUGUGACUCCUUCCUCUGCAACAUCAGCGGCUCCAGCAGCGUCAAAGCCAGCUACAGCCUCCUGGCCUUGGCUGUCCUGGUCAGCUUCCUCUACGUCCUCAGGGCUCGCGAGUGAUGGGGCUGGCCGAGGAAGAGCUGUCUUCCGCGGGCCGUCACAGGUCUCAUUAGCCAAUAUCUUCUCUGUUGCUGUCUGCAAGGAGAUUCUCUGCUUCUCAGCAGCCUUCCAAGGCGGUUGUUUCCCAGACUUUUCUGCUCUUCCAAUAUUGGAGACCUGGGCGGUUUGGCCGAGCUGUUCUUCUCCUUCUGUGGACAUACCCCAGUGCACUCUUCACACCUGCUUGGCAAAGGUGGAUCGUUUUGGAAGGGUUUCUGCUUUUAUAACUAAUAUUUCCCCCGCUCCCCCUGCCCCGACUCGUUUCUAAGGUUGGUUCAAACAAGGCUGGGACUUGCCAUGAAACCAUUUCUAACCCCAGACACCGCCCGGUCAAGCAUUCAGACGUUCCCGCCUCUCACCUCCAUGGAGGUGCCUGGCACCAGCGUGCUCCACCACAUGGCUGAUCCUGGCACUGAGAAUUCGUGACCCAAAGGGAGAUGUGUUCCUGGCCUCUUGCAGCUGCAGUCUCUGUUUUUUAUAAAAUCAUUUCAUUUCUUCUGAUCCUGGGCUGACUUUUCUGGAAAACGAAUGAGCUGUUACCUUGUCCUUCUGAGCUCUGUAAGUGCCAGACCUGAAUAAACAUGCUCCUGUUCCCUCAGAUGGGACACGUGCUCUGUGUGUUUCCUUGCUCCAGAUAAUUGUUAUGGAAAACCCAAAUACUGUGUCCAGCACGAGGGCCUCCUAACUUCUUGAGCAGCUUUUGAGUGCUUCCAUCUCAGCAUUCCAUCCAGUUCACCUCUGAGCAGCAAAUCCAUCUCCUCCCUGUUGCUGUCCUUGAUUAAACACCCUAGACCAACUGGUUUCACCUCUCCUGAGAACUGCCUUUUCCAGGUGUGUUUCAGUGGAAAAAGUCAGUUUUAGGGGUUUGAGUCAACCCCAUUACUCCUAACAGAGCAAACACCCUGGAAAUGGGACCUGUUAACAUUAGUCUCCAUGCCACAAAGACUUGGUGCCUCAGUUUCCCCACUUUUGGAUGUGUGGUUGUGAGAGACUUUAAUGACAUUGUAAGCUAAACGAUCCAGGGCAACAGGUCUGCUUGAAAAAUGUAGUGGAGUCAGAGGCAAAGAUCUCAAAACUCAGAUCUUUAGGUUCAACCUGCAAUCCCUGGCUGGUGGGCUGAUGGUGCACAUGGACUGCAGAAGGUGACUUCACCAAU